CCCGCGCGCCGCGGGCCGGCUUUGUGGAGCGCUGCGGAGGGUGCGCGCCGGGCCGCGGUCUCGAACAAAGGAGCAGGGCGCCGCCGCGGGGACCCGCCACCGACCUCCCGGGCCGCGCCGGGGCCCUCCCGCUCGCCGCCACCAUGACCGCCAACGGCACUGCUGAGGCCGUGCAGAUCCAGUUCGGCCUCAUCAACUGCGGCAACAAGUACCUGACGGCAGAGGCGUUCGGGUUCAAGGUGAACGCGUCGGCCAGCAGCCUGAAGAAGAAGCAGAUCUGGACGCUGGAGCAGCCGCCCGACGAGGCGGGCAGCGCGGCUGUGUGCCUGCGCAGCCACCUGGGCCGCUACCUGGCGGCGGACAAGGACGGCAAUGUGACCUGCGAGCGCGAAGUGCCCGGCCCCGACUGCCGCUUUCUCAUCGUGGCGCACGACGACGGCCGCUGGUCCCUGCAAUCUGAGGUGCACCGGCGCUACUUCGGCGGCACCGAGGACCGCCUGUCGUGCUUCGCGCAGACCGUGUCGCCGGCUGAGAAGUGGAGCGUGCACAUCGCCAUGCACCCGCAGGUCAACAUCUACAGCCUGACCCGCAAGCGCUACGCGCACCUGAGCGCGCGGCCGGCGGACGAGAUCGCCGUGGACCGCGACGUGCCCUGGGGCGUCGACUCGCUCAUCACGCUGGCCUUCCAGGACCAGCGCUACAGCGUGCAGACCGCUGACCACCGCUUCCUGCGCCACGACGGGCGCCUGGUGGCGCGCCCCGAGCCCGCCACUGGCUACACGCUAGAGUUCCGUUCCGGCAAGGUGGCCUUCCGCGACUGCGAGGGCCGCUACCUGGCGCCGUCGGGCCCCAGCGGCACGCUCAAGGCGGGCAAGGCCACCAAGGUGGGCAAGGACGAGCUCUUCGCCCUGGAGCAGAGCUGCGCUCAGGUCGUGCUGCAGGCGGCCAACGAGAGGAACGUGUCCACGCGCCAGGGUAUGGAUCUGUCAGCCAAUCAGGACGAGGAGACCGACCAAGAGACCUUCCAGCUGGAGAUUGACCGUGACACCAAAAAGUGCGCCUUCCGCACCCACACGGGCAAGUACUGGACGCUGACAGCCACUGGGGGCGUGCAGUCCACAGCCUCCACCAAGAACGCCAGCUGCUAUUUCGACAUCGAGUGGCGUGAUCGGCGGAUCACACUGCGUGCGUCCAAUGGCAAGUUCGUGACGGCCAAGAAGAACGGGCAGCUGGCUGCCUCGGUGGAGACAGCAGGGGACUCGGAGCUCUUCCUCAUGAAGCUCAUCAACCGUCCCAUCAUUGUGUUCCGUGGGGAGCAUGGCUUCAUCGGCUGCCGCAAGGUCACGGGCACCCUGGAUGCCAACCGCUCUAGCUAUGAUGUCUUCCAGCUGGAGUUCAAUGACGGUGCCUACAACAUCAAAGACUCCACAGGCAAGUACUGGACAGUGGGCAGUGACUCGUCGGUCACCAGCAGCAGCGACACCCCCGUGGACUUCUUCUUCGAAUUCUGUGACUACAACAAGGUGGCCAUCAAGGUGGGCGGGCGCUACCUGAAGGGGGACCAUGCGGGGGUCCUGAAGGCCUGCGCCGAGACCAUCGAGCCAGCCACCCUCUGGGAGUACUAGCCGCCACCCAGCGUCCUGUCCCUGCCCUGCCCAGACCCUUCUGCUAAUAACUCUCUUCUCCAGGCGGGCUCUGGCGUGGUGGCGAGCCCCUUGCCUUUCAAACUGGAAACCCAGAGAAAACGGUGCCCCCCCCACCUGUUGCCCCGUGCCUGGUCCUUGGAGGGAUCUCAGACCCCUCUGUUCUCUCUUCUCUGCUAUGGGCGAGGCUGGCAGCCCUUUCUUCUGACCUCAGAUGACUCUGAGCCUUACUUCCCCAAAGUGGCCGAGGAGAGUGGGGGAGCUCGGAGGCCUUCCCGGGCCCCUGGGCCUGCUGGGGUAACUGGAAUUUCCUGCCCCCUCCCAAGAGCCUCUGCCCGCCCCACUUCCCCGGAACUGGGUGCCUGCCCCCAGCCUAUCACCCCGCCCCCACACGGCGCACCGCCCCUGCGUCAGGGGAAGGCCGCAGGAAGGGGAGGGGUGACACUGGCAUGUACCCGCAGCUCGCCCCUCUGCACCCAGUGGGCCUGCCCACCGCACACCCCGUCCUGGCCUGACUGGAAGCAGAAAAUGACCAAAUCAGUAUUUUUUUUUUUUUUUUUUAAACGAGGCAUUAUUGCUGGAGGUAUGCAGGCCAGCCUGGUGGCAACCCUGAGUGAUCUUCAAGGGGGUCUUGUGGGGGAAUCUUGAAACCGCAUCUCUGGGCAUCGGUACCCUCCUUGUCUGCUAGCUGUGGGGGCGCACGGUGCUUUCCUGAAUCUAGAACCUGUCCCCAACUCCUCGGGGGCCCUUGGCGGCCCCCCCUCCCUCCUGCCUGCCCAGGCUUGUGUCCCCAUCUGGUUGGUGCUGAGCCCCUCACCGCCUCAGCCAGAGCCCCCGGUGUGAUCGGUGCUCCCUGUCCGACUGGACUCCUCGGGUCUCGGGGUGGGAUGAAGCUGGGCGUCGCCCUCCACCGGGAGCCCCACGGGGAGGCUCCAGGCCCCUGGCUCCCAGCCCUGCCCCUGCCAGCCCUGCUCCCCUCGACCAGUUCAUCUCUGCCAUGCAUCUCACUCUGGGUGUCUUGGUCUUUUAUUUUUUGUAAGUGUCAUUUGUAUAACUAAAUGCCCAUGAUAGUAGCUUCAGACUGGAAAAGCAAAAUAAAAUAAUGCGAGUGUGCAGCCCUCA